AUGGAGGUCAGUUCUUCUGAGAAGCGUCAUCGAACCCGCUCCAAAGGCGUCCGAGUGCCUGUAGAAGCGGCCUCCCAGGAGCUGUUCAGCUGUCCUACUCCAGGCUGUGAUGGCAGCGGUCACGUCAGUGGAAAGUAUGCAAGACACCGCAGUGUGUACGGCUGUCCCCUGGCCCGGAAGAGGAAGGCUCUGGUGAAGCAGCCUCUGGAGCCCCCCUCCAAGAGGAGACCCGGCCGGGGGGGGGAGGAGGAGGAGGAGGAGGAGGAGGAGGAGAGAGGGGAGAGGGAAGAUGGAGAGAUGGAGGAGGAGGAGGAGGAGGAGGAGGAGGAGGGGUUCUCUGAGGAGGAGGUGCCAGGCGAGGAGGAAGAGGAGUUGGAGAGAGAGGAGGAAGAGGAGGAGGAGGAUUUGGAGAGAGAGGACGAGGCUGUGGAUCGACCGAGAGCGGAGGAGGAGGAGGAUGGAGAUGAUGAAGAUGAGGAUGAUGAUGACGGAGAUGAUGAGGAAGCAGAUGAGGAGGAAGAUGAAAGAGAUGAAGAGGAUCGCAGUCCUUCUCGAGGUGAGUCUGGAGACUACGAGGACUACGACCAGCUGGUGGCCAAGUCUCUGCUGAACCUGGGGAAGAUCGCGGAGGACGCCGUCUACCACGCCACCACCGAGUCGGAGGGCAACACCAGCUCCUCCAACAGCGGGGGGGAAGAGGAGGAGGAGGACGAGGAGGACGAGGAGGAGGAGGGCAGCGAGGCCGGGGAGAGGAAGAGCGCCCUGGGUGUGGACCUGGACAGCGACGUCGUCCGGGAGACGGUGGACUCCCUGAAGCUCCUGGCUCAGGGCCACGGCGCCCUGCCGCCCGAGGACGGCUACCCAGAAGGCAGUGCGGCUGCGUCGGCGGGCGUGGAGCGCGGCCAGGAGCACAGCAGGAGCCACCGGAGGACGGGCCGGGCAGGGCGAGGAGCGGAGGGCGGCGAGGAGGUGUCCAUCAGCAGCCUGGAGUGUCUGAGGACCCAGUGCUUUGACCUGGCCCGCAAGCUGAGCGAGAGCCCCCCCCGAGACCGGCAGCACCACCACCACCACCACCACCACCACCACCCCAUGACCCCCAGCCACCACCUGUCCAGGCAGCCUGACAGGAGCUACUCCGACAUGGUGGGCCUGAUGAGGAUGGAGGAGCCGGCGGGGGAGCCGCUGAGCCCGGUGUCCCGCGGGGGGGGGUACCCCGGCAGCGGGUCCCAGGACGGGGACGAGGACACCACCUCCGUGGCCUCGGAGCGCUCGGACGAGGCCUUCGACAUGACCAAGGGGAACCUGUCGCUGCUGGAGAAGGCCAUCGCCAUGGAGUCGGAGCGCGCCAAGGUGAUGAGGGACCGCACGCUGCCGGAGCACGGGGGCCGCGGCGGCCGCGACCACCACCACCCUCGCCACGGCAACCACAGCCCCCGGCACGGCCACGGCCUGGAGGAGAGGCGCUCCAAGAUGCAUCACCACGGCGACGGCUUGAAGAGGAGCUACUACAAAGACUCCUCUAGGUCAGAGAAGAAGGAGAGCAAGUGUCCGACCCCGGGCUGCGACGGGACGGGUCACGUGACCGGCCUCUACCCCCACCAUCGCAGCCUGUCUGGAUGUCCCCACAAAGACCGGGUCCCGCCUGAGAUCCUGGCCAUGUAUGAGAAUGUGCUCAAGUGUCCUACGCCCGGCUGCUCCGGACGCGGUCACGUCAAUAGCAACAGGAACUCCCACCGCAGUCUUUCCGGGUGUCCAAUCGCUGCUGCUGAGAAGAUCGCCAAGGUCCACGAGAAGAGCAGCAACUUGAGUGACAGCAGCUCAAAGUCCAAUCAGGCAUCAGACCGCGUGCUGAGGCCCAUGUGCUUCGUGAAGCAGCUGGAGAUCCCGCAGUACGGCUGUAAGAACAACGUGCCGACCAGCACGCCGCGCUCCAACCUGGCCAAGGAGCUGGAGAAGUACUCCAAGACCAGCUACGAGUACGGCUCCUACGACGGCCAGCACCCCGUCUACGGCAAGAGGCAGGGCCUGCCGUCCCGGUCGCACCACGGCCGCGAUGCCUCGCCAAAGGCCUAUGACGUGAAGCGCUACUGUAAGACGUCCAGCCCCGCCAGCAGCACCACCAGCAGCUACGCCCCCAGCAGCAGCAGCAGCCUGAGCUGUGGCCUGGGGGGCGUGGCCGGGCUGGGGGGCGUGGCCGGCCCGGGGGGCGUGGCCAGCAGCGCCAGCAGCACCUGCAGCAAGAGCAGCUUUGACUACACCCACGACAUGGAGGCGGCGCACAUGGCCGCCACCGCCAUCCUCAACCUGUCCACGCGCUGCCGCGAGCUGCCCCAGGUGCUGGCGGGGCGGAGCCAGGAGCCGCUGGCCCAGAGUCCCGAGGCGGACCUUGAUGACGGGGGUCUGGAUCUGGACGGGGGACCUGGGGGUCCGGAGGGCAGCGGGACGGUACUGACCCCCCUGGAGCCCAUGUCCCCCCAGCGCCAGGCCCUGCUGCAGAGCCGGGGCUUCCAGCUGGGGGCGGCGGAGGGCUGGGACCUCCCGGUCGACUACACCAAGCUCAAGGCCCUGGGGCACGACCCCAACGCAGAGGUACCGGGCGAGGAGCUGGACCCCUUCCAGGACCUCCUGGAGGAGCAGCGCUACUCUGAGGUUUCCAUGUCCAGCUCCAAACACAAGUACAGCCCCUGUAAGGAGGUGAAGAAGGAGCUCCUCACACUCUCCAGCUGCCAGCUGGCCGACAAGAACCUCCGCGGACUGAUGAGCACCAACCCCCAGGACCUCAAGUGUCCCACCCCAGGCUGUGAUGGAUCAGGACACAUAACAGGGAACUAUGCAUCCCAUAGGAGUCUGUCCGGUUGCCCCCGGGCCAAAAAGAGCGGCGUCAAAAUCCUCCACAGCAAGGAAGACAAAGACGACCAGGAACCAAUCAGGUGCCCGGUCCCGGGCUGUGACGGACAGGGUCAUGUGACGGGGAAGUACGCGUCCCACCGCAGCGCGUCGGGCUGCCCCCUGGCGGCCAAGCGGCAGAAGGACGGCUACGCUAACGGCUACGCUAACGGCGCCCAGUUCGCCUGGAAGUCGGGGAAGACGGACGGCAUGUCGUGUCCCACGCCGGGCUGCGACGGCUCGGGGCACGUCAGCGGCAGCUUCCUGACGCACCGCAGUCUCUCCGGUUGUCCGCGGGCUUCGCUGGCCAUGAAGAAGACGAGGAUGACCGGCGUGGAGAUGCUGACCAUCAAACAGAGAGCCAGCAGAGGGAUCGAGAACGAUGAGGACAUCAAGCAGCUGGACGAGGAGAUUAAAGACCUGAGUGAGUCCAACAGCCAGGUGCAGUCGGACAUGAUCAACCUGAGGACACAGAUCGUCUCCAUGGAGACCAGCCUGCGCUCCAUGGAGGAGGAGAACAAGGCCAUCGAGCAGCAGAACGACUCGCUGCUCCACGAGCUCGCCAGCCUCAGCCAAUCACUGAUCAGCAGCCUGGCCAACAUCCAGCUGCCCCACAUGAGACCACUGCCUCCCAAAGAGACCCCCCCUAAACUAGACUCCUGUGUACACACCAGCCCCAGAGAGCCGAUGAACGAGCAGAACUUCGACUCCUACGUCAGCACGCUGACGGACAUGUACAGCCACCAGGACCAGUACCAGAGCCCGGAGAACAAGGCCCUGCUGGAGAACAUCAAGCAGGCCGUGCAGGGCAUCCAGGUGUAG